AUGGGCACCUGGACGGCCAUCAGCUUCUCCCCCGCGCAGCAGGAGCAGUUCGGCGUCAACGAGUCCGGCGAGGUGCAGGACCAGGCCAAGUUCGACGCCGCCAUCGCCGCCCUGAAGGCGCCGGCGGCAGCCGCCGCCGCGCCAGCGGGGCUCCCGAAGCUGGCCGUGGCCGAGGCGGAGGCGCUGAGGGCCCUGAGGGAUCCCAUCAUCAUCGACGCCCGGGACCAGGACGAGGAGCACCCGACGACCACGGAGGAGUACCAGAAGAAGCUCCUCGACGCCGGCGUCCUGCCAGACGACAAGGGCGCCGCCAUCAUCACGCACUGCGGCAACGGCGGCCGGGGGGGCAGGGCGGCAGCGGUGCUGCGGGAGCUGGGGUACCCCAACGCCCACAACGGGGGCAGCCCGGACAACAUCCGCAAGGCCCGCGCCGCGUCGUGA